CCCCUAGUUACGCAUCCUCACGCUCAGCACCUAUAAAUUGAAGGAUGCCAAUGAGUAAAUCCCAGAGCUGUUUCCCAAACUGGAUCCUGCCCGGUGAGCGACCUGCCCAAGGCCAUGCACGGCAUGAGCACGGGGCAGCCCUGGCAGCAGGCAGAGCGCAGCCACCUGUAUUUUACAGCUACCAUCUCUUCCACACGCUUCCCUACGUCCCCUGGUCAUUUAGCACCUAACACAAUGAACCCCUGGCACAAGGAAAGCCUCCACCCCCCCCCCCCCCAAACUAUCACAUAACUCCAACUUUAUUAACAAAGGACCCCAAAAGGGCUGGCAAUGCAAGCAUUACAAUACCAGUAGCCAUUUCCAACACAUUUUUUCCAGCAAUCAGAAGGAAAAAGAAACUUUUCUCUAUCUGUGUGCUGACCUUGGACUAGAACCGCCCACUUUGUUCUCAGGCCGCUGUUUAACAACUGGCAAGAUCACGUUAUUGGAAUUAGACAACGUUUAGGGUCGAUCCACCCCCUCGAUGCUUUUUGCAGUAAGUUUUGUGCCUGACAGUGCCACGUAGACAAAGAAGUGUUCUCAUCGCGCCCUUUCGAAUUGCCAGGGAAGAAAGAGUUCUCACCAUUGCACACCCCAGAAAACAGCAAGGCCCACAGUUUGGAGUCCCACCGACCAGUUUGUGGUGCUUUAGAGAAUGAAAUAAAGGCUGGUGUGCUCCGAGCACACCGCUCCUCCAGGUUCAGCUCUGGAUGGGAAGCAGGGAUGGAAGAGAACGGAGAACUGCACCCCUGGAAGGCCUGGAGCACUGCUCGAGCCCCGCUCAGCUUCCACCAGUGUCAGAAGGGAGAACUGAGCCAUGAUCUCAUUGUAACUCCUCUCCUCUCCAGCCCACGGUCUAACAGCAACUCUUUGUCAGCAAAGAAUUAAAAAAAAAAAAUUCUGCCUUUAGACUAACCCCCUGCAGUUUAAGCCAGAGGAGUGGAAAAAUCAUUUGUGCAGAAAGCCAGCAUCCUGGCCACAGCAUGACCACACAAUCUUGCUUGGGAAACCCAGAUCAACAACCCCAGCUGCUUUCACAAAGGCUAAGAGCCUCAAGACCUUCUCUCUGGAGGGGAGAAGUUGUGUAACGUUCGAGAGCUGAGCAGCAGAGCAGAGCAGGGAAAUGCCUGCGUGCAGCCAGGAGAACAGGUCAGAGGGGGAAGCCUGGCCAGGCAGCUGCUUGCUCACAUCAUUACUCACUGCACCGCAAAUCCAUCUCCUCGGUCCCUUCUGUCUCUGGCUUUCUUCAGCUCUGCUCCAGCAAAGCCAUGAACACAGACAGGCAGCACCCAACUGCUGUAAAACCGAGGGUUAGGAACAGACUUGGGGAGGCUGAUGCUUGCAAGCCUUCCAGGGACCGUCUCCUGUGUGCUCCCAGGAGCUGAGGGCUUGCACAGAGCUAAGCAUUUGACAUAUAUAAGACAGAGAAACCUUCAGAGAGCCCGGCUCAGAAGCAGCUCAGCUAAAAGCAGGAUGAGAGCAGGAGAAGAGCUACCACACGCUGUUGGGUUUGUAGGUGAGAUUUUAGAGCAAGCCCGUGUAAGAGCUGAAAUAAGUGGGGAAAUAAAGUUAGAAGGAUGAACAGGACACCUAAAUUCCCCACAUCGCAUCCCAAAGGGCCUACCCAGAAGGUCUGUACAGAGCUGGGAUUUCCCUUGGCAGGGAACAUGCCGUGCAGCUUCGCGCUCUUGAGGUUUAAAAGCCCUCCUGGCACACGGUGUCUGCUGGGAGCCUGGUGCUCCCGGGACCAAAAAUCGCAGUGGAAAGGGGAAGAGCCAGCAGAAGACGCCUGGGAGAGGGCUCCAAGGUUCACAGCAGGACGGGACACACCACCGUCCUACCUCGCGGGGCUGAGCUUCCUCCUGCCACAAACCAAAGUCCACCCGAGCAAACAGUCUGAGCAGAGGGAACAAGAUAACGCUGCCGUGCCACACGGACGGCUAUGCCACCCACGCAGCAGCAAAAGGCUCAUCCCCAAGCCAGAGAAAAUUCACGGCGUCCAGCCAGGCUUGGGGUGCUCUGAAGGACGCCACGCUGGCCCCAAAGCUCCCAUCUCCUGCCUAGAAGUGUGGGGUCUCAACAUCACCUCCCUGCAGAGGGGCCUGGGAGGGGGGCCAGGAGGAUCCCUGGGUUUCUGCCAGUCCCAGAGUGAGCUGCCAUGUGAACAGUGCCCACACCCCAAAUGCACGUGCUCCCCAAAGCCAUCACUUGGAGCGAGAUGUCCUGGAGACACAGCAGAGCCCCAUGAAUCUGAGCCCCAGCUUGUGGGGGGACUCUCCUGCCCUGACCCUGCUGCUGUCUGCCACCCAAAGCCACGGCUCCUCUCAGCUCAGCAAGGAGAAACAAGACCUGCUGCGCUCAGCCGGGCAUGGAGAAGGCUUUGCCACCCAUCCUGCCAAAAUCCUUCCCCACCAUGCUCACCACCGGGCUGCCCAGGUUACAGCUGUGCCGCAGGGGGCCAGGAAUCUGCCCAAAUGGCCCGGAGCUGUCUGCGGGGUGCACCACGAACAAAGACCCCAACAUUGCUCAUCGGUGGAGGGACUUCUGAAGGACCCCAUCCUCAGACAGGGCUCAGGCUCCCGAACCCCCCGGCAGGGUUUCUCCAGGCGGAUCCCAGCUCCCCAAAGCCCUCCCGCACAGCAUCCCCACAAGCAGCGGGCACCGGGGUCGUGCCCCAAGCCUCUUCCUGACGACCCCCGGGCUCGAAGGGCCCAUCCCCUCGCACCCCUCGCCCAGCUGGGACCCACCGGAGACCCCCCCCCCCCCAGCACCAAACCCCACGGGGGGCUCCCCCAGGACCCCGGGGAUGCUCGGGGGCUCUCCGCUCCCCCGUGGGGCGAGCGCAGCAUCCCGGGGCCGUCCUCCGGCGUCCUCCCCCG